AUGUCAUUGGAGGUGAAAGAGAAGACUCAGGUGCGUCUCGUCUUCCUGGGGGCAGCCGGGGUGGGCAAGACUGCCCUGAUACGCCGCUUCCUGCAGGACACAUUUGAGGUCAAACACCGGCGCACAGUGGAGGAGCUCCACAGCCGGGAGUACGACAUUGGCGGAGUCAAGAUCACCGUAGAGAUACUGGACACCAGCGGCAGUUACUCUUUCCCAGCCAUGCGCAAGCUCUCCAUCCAGAACAGUGACGCCUUCGCCCUGGUCUAUGCCGUGGAUGACCCAGAGUCACUGGAGACCCUGAAGAGCCUACGGGAUGAGAUCCUGGAAAUCAAGGCGGACAAGCACGCGCCCAUCGUGGUGGUUGGCAACAAGACUGACCGCGUGGUCGAGAGGCGGGUGUGCGGAGAUGACAUUAUGUCUGUGGUGGAGAUGGACUGGAACAACAGUUACUUGGAGGCCUCGGCCAAGGACAACAGCAAUGUGGUGGAGGUGUUCAAGGAACUCCUGCAGCAGGCCAACCUGCCCAGCCGCCUCAGCCCGGCUCUUCGCCGACGCAGGGAGACUUUCCCCAAACAUGCAGGCUUCAGGCCACCCAUGAACAAAACAAACAGCUGCAUUGUGUCCUAA